UUCACCAAAGGAACACAUUUCCCUGGCGUUUAUAUAUGCGGCCGAUCACCACGAUCGGAGUAGCGUAGCAAAGAGAGCGAGCUGAGCACACGAACACGCACGGCGCAUCCAUCUCUUGUGUUCAGCAGCUAGCAUGGCGAGCGGGGGGCUCAAGUCGAUGGCCUCGGGCUUCCUCUUCCUGAACCUCAUCAUGUACGUCGUCGUCGCCGUCAUCGCCGGCUGGGCCAUCAACUACAGCAUCGACAACAGCGCCCACUCACUGAAGGGCGCGUCGCCGCCGGUGCGGCUGUUCCCGAUCUACUUCCCGAUGGGCAACCUGGCGACGGGGUUCUUCGUCAUCUUCGCGCUGCUGGCCAGCGCUGUCGGCAUCUCCACCUCGCUCACCGGCCUGCGCGACGUCACCGAGGGAUACCCCGCCAGCAUGAUGUCCGCCGCCGCCUCCGCCCUCGUCGCCUGGACCCUCACCCUCCUCGCCAUGGGGCUGGCGUGCAAGGAGAUCAGCAUCGGCUGGAGGCCCCCGAGCCUGCGCGCGCUGGAGACGUUCACCAUCAUCCUGGCGGUGACGCAGCUGCUCUGCGUCGGGUCGCUCCACGCCGGAGCCAACGCCGCCAUCAUGCAGACGCCCAUGGGAAUGAGAGCGAGGGUCUGAUCGGUCGGUCGACGCAGGCCCGGCCGCCGAUGGGAGUGCGGUCUAUUUGAAGGUGCAUCAUCAACAUCUUGGCAAGGAUUAUUGGCUUGCGUAUGCGUGCGUGUGAACUGUGAAGUGAAUAUGCGGAUUAUACUAUACGAGUAUAUGCUACCGUGUCGGUGUGCGUGUGUGCGUUUGCGGUGAAAUUGUCUCGGGCCGGUGGGCGUGACGACCACAUAAUAUGUUGAGUGGUACUGUUUUAUUCUCUAAUUUGUGCUACUGUCGCAUUCUGUACAAAAUAUGGCAAAUUCAAUACAUUGUUCAUUCUUCUC